UCCUUUUAAAAGCGGUACUGCAGUCCGUUAAUCAAUUUCGAUUCAACUUUGGUUUGAAUACCGAUAGCUCAUCGAUCACAGUCGUGAUCGUCCAAUGUUCUCCAGGAUCACUCGCAAACUCACAUUCACAAACUCUACGAUACAGGGCGCAUGCGCAAGUGUCUUUCUUCCAUCUCGCUUACGGUACUCUCUAUCUUUGUCUUUUCCCGUCUCUUCCGGAAUACGGAUCAUUGCGGAUCAUCAUGAGUCGCGUUAGAACGAAAACGGUCAAAAAGGCCGCGAAGCUGAUCAUCGAGAAGUACUACACGCGAUUGACGAUGGACUUCCAUACCAACAAAAGAAUAUGCGAAGAAAUUGCCAUCAUCCCUAGUAAAUCUUUGCGAAACAAAAUCGCUGGAUUUGUCACCCACUUAAUGAAGCGGCUAAGACACAGUCAAGUACGUGGAAUAUCUAUUAAGCUUCAAGAGGAGGAGAGGGAACGCAGAGACAACUAUGUCCCCGAAGUUUCUGCCCUAGAGCAUGACAUUAUUGAGGUUGAUCCAGAGACCAAGGAGAUGUUACAAAUGCUUGGAUUCAACAACAUUCCUGGACUUCAGCUGACGCAAUCUCAGCUGCCACCAUACAGCAGGCGUUCUUAAUAUUUAUUUGUUUAAUUAAACGAGACUGUUGGUAUCGUGUUGUUCAAUAAAACCGCGAGCUGACAUUCUGAAAAA